GGCCAAGGCCGACUUGUAUUUGUCGAUGAUGUAUGUGGAAGCUCCUGGGGGCCUCGAGGCGGAGGAUUUCGACGCAUCGGCAUGGGCGGGAUUUCUGUCCGACGUCCAGCCAAAGACAACGCUGAACAUUCAAGGCAAGUGGUCUGACCGCAAGAUGCUGUCCUACCGGGACAGCAAGAUGGAAGCUGUGGAGGUCACCGCGACAGACCUAGGCCAGCUGACAGAUCGCUGGGACAAGCUGCUCUCUACAAGCCACGAGCACGACCUCAGCAGCUUGCUGAAGGAUGCGCAGGAUGAGGGUAUCCUUGAGACUCUGCAGACGGCUCUGUCUUCUGUCUCUUCUGUCGUGCUCCUUUCGCCUGGCAAUUGUGGGGAGUGCGAUACACUGGACAAGGCCGUCAGGUCUGGGCACCUGAACUGCCUGCAGCACCUGCUGCAGAACGGAGCCACCACAUCCACCGAAGCUGAUCUUUCGCCGCUGCAUCUAGCCGUCCUGAAAGCCGGGCAGCGCAAGGACGACAAGAUCGCCAAGCUGUUGGUUGCACAUCACUGCGAUCCGGCCCGGCAAAGUGCGAAUGGUGUGACGCCGCUACACUUCGCAGCGGGUUAUGGCAGAAGUUCGCUGGUUCAGGAGAUGUUGCAUCUGGUGGGCACAGGGACUGUGCUGCAAGACACCAAGCGAAUCUAUACACCCGCUGAGCUCCAAAGAAUGGGCGCAGCAGCAGAUGUGCAGGAUGAGAAGGGCAGAACGGCUCUCUUUCGAGCCUUGACUCAUUCACAUCUGGAGGUGGCGAGGUGGCUUCUUCAGCUGCGGGCAGAUGCCAACAUUUCAGACUCCAGCUCUACUAGCCCACUCCACAUAGCUCUCCAAAGGCCCGGACAACCUGAACUGGCCGAGCUGCUGCUGGAGUCCCGUGCACAAGUCGAUGCUUCCGAUGGCCAGCAGCGCACGCCACUCCACCUGAUUGCAGGUCUUCGGAAGCAGGGCGAGACGGCGAGGAAGCUGGCGGUGCUCGUUCUGGAGCGAGAGUGCCAGACAAAUCCGCUAUGCAGGCGGGAAGACCUAGACGGUUGGACCCCGGUCCAUGAGGCGGCGCUGUCCGGAAAUGUGGAGGUUUUGGAGCUCAUGAUCAAGAAUUUGGGCGAAGUGGGUGGCGCCGAAGUCGACGCGCUCAAGCUGUCCCGUCCGCCGGACUUGUUGCAUCUCGCCGCGAUGGGCAAGAACCCUGCAUGUGUGGAGGCGCUGCUGCACGCACGAGCCCGCCCCGACCAAAAAUGCAGCAUCACUUGGAACAGGGAGAAAUUCCGGAUUGCACACCACCACAACAAAAUUGGGCUUGGGCUCAUGUGCUCGGGAGUUCUGGCGAUGCCCUUCGACCGCAUCCCCUUCAAUACAAAGGUCCCGCCACCCGAGUUCUCACGGAAUGUCAGCACGUGCCUCCACCAGUUCAAUUCCAACAAGAACAGGUGCGAACUGAAGGUGCUCAACACGAAGGACCUAAGCGAGAGCUUCUGCGACAUCAUCUUCGAUCAAGCGAA